ACCAUCAUUUUCUACUGUCAUGUAGCCUCAUUCAGACCGCAUGUGCUUUGGUUCAGCAGCCAACGAUGGUGGUCUUCGGUCAGUUCGUCCUGGGGCCCCCGGGCGCUGGCAAGCCGCCCCCGGCGAAUUGAGCGACCACGGGUCGGUCUUCGUUGGAAAGGGAGCCAGAGGAUGUCAGAGGCCAAAAGGAUGGCACAGCAUGACACGGCUUGAAAUAGCUCAAAUAGAUUGAGUUUUAAUGAGUUCAAUCUAUAAAUAUAUAAUAUAUUAUAUAUAAUAUAUUAUAUAUAUAUAUUAAUACAUAUAGUUGAGGUAUGUUGAAGUUGAAACCAACUAAACUGAGAAAUGGAAGCUGUUAAUCACUCUGUUUGUUCAUGUGAAUCGAAGCCUUUCUUUGGCGCAUGCGUCAUCACUGAACACAUGUGUUUUUCAAGUGUGCCUGGCAAACGGGAGACUUGUUUAUGCCAGCAAGCCUUAUUUACCACAGUGAGAAGCCUUUAGGUAUUAGGCGAUACCUGAAGUUGAUAGUCCAAUCGGAAUGAGUAAGCGAGCUGGUCGUUUGAACCUUCCUUCACAAGCACUCGCUGUACAAAGGUAUGUGUAAUCAUACCUGCAUCUUCCUAAGUAUGCAAAAAUACUGCGGUGUCCAGAAAACUUUGUGUGUGUGUGUUUGCGUGCUAUUCGUUAAAUAAACGAAACAGCACUGUUCAGCUGUUCUAAUAUGUGUUUACGUGCCUUUUUCCUGAAAAUGGUGACAGAAUCAGUGGAACAAAGCGGCACCCUCGCAAAACGGCUCAAACAGCCAGCGACAACACAGCGACCGUUUGGACGGUUGGACGAGUGCGACCGUGUUGAAGACAAUGAUGGUUUAAAGCGAUGGGUUGGAACGGCACGUGUUUUUCCACGGCUGUCUGCAAGAAAGAAGCUGUAGUUUCACCUUUUUUACACCGGUGGACCCAGGCAUAUGUGUAUAAUGAAUCAACUCAACUCUGAACAUCGCGGCACAUGCUGGCUCCUACUGACCUACUCAUACAGCAAGAGCAAACCUUUGCAUCGCAGCCAGGACCACCUAUUGCACUGGCAUGCAGCAGCUGCUGGGGGCGCUCAAGCGUCCUCGGACCUUGAUCAACUUGGACCCAGCCAACGACGAGUUGCCGUACGAAUGUGACAUUGAUGUGAGAGAGCUGGUGAAUGUUGAGGAUGUCAUGAAUGAGCUGGAGCUGGGCCCCAAUGGUGCCCUUCUCUAUGCAAUGGAGUACAUCGAAGUCAAUCUCGACUGGCUCAUCACUAGAAUCAGGCGCGCCACGGCGGAGUUUGCGGUGCCCUACCUCUUCAUCGACUGUCCGGGUCAGGUCGAGCUCUACACCCACAACGAGGUUAUGACAAAGAUCACUCAGCAGCUAACAAAGGCCUUGGACUUACGAUUGGUGGCUGUCCAUUUGAUAGAUUCCACGCUGUGUGUGGAUGCAUAUCGAUACCUCUCCGCGGUCUUUCUGUCCCUGUCCGCCAUGAUGCAAUUGGAGCUGCCGCACAUCAACGUGUUAUCCAAGAUCGAUAUGGUCAUGGAUCACACAGAUGAUUUGAGCUUCAGCCUGGACUACUAUGCAGGCGUCUCAGACUUGUCUCAGCUGCUUUGGACACUGCAGACGACCAGGCAUCCGAUGAGCGAGAAGUUCAAGGAGUUCAACAGGUUGAUUGCUGAGCUCAUCGAGGAUUACGGGUUGGUGAGCUUUGAACCGUUGGACAUCCAAGACAAAGAGUGUGCACUGCGCGUGCUUGGACGCUGCGACACCGCGAAUGGUCACAUCAUGAACUCUGAGAAGGUGGAGGACCCGUCCGAUCCCGUCUCCGGAGUGCGGCUGUUCCAGGCUGGCUUCUCAGAUGCCGGAGAAUUCCUGGAUGAGUAUCUCGAGCGCUACGAAGAACGAUUGCAGCAAAGGUGACCAAAAA